AUGGAAGACAGUAGUAAUAGCCCUGUGGUUGAAGCAACACCGCCAAAUGGGGGUGAUGCCGGUGACCUCCCUACUGACUCCAGAGAUGAAGUCAGCAAUGCAGGAGAAAGUGAGGUGGCCCCGGAUUCCAACAUUUACAGCUACAUUAAAGAAGACCUUUUUACAUCUGAGAUAUUCAAGGUGGAAAUCCGAAAUCUGCCCAAAUUCAUCGGCUUCAACGACCUGAAAAAGUUCCUGGCCAGGCACGGCCUCAACCCGCACAAGGUCAAGCUGUUUGGCAGACAGACCUUUGCUUUUGUCACCUUUAAGAAUGAGGAAGAACGUGACAAGGCCAUGAAGAUGGUACAUGGCAUGCAAUGGAAGGGCCAAGUGCUAAGUGUCAGACUAGCCAAGCCUAAAGCGGAUCCCAUUCAGAGGAAGAGGAAGCAGGAGGAGGGAGAAAGUGGAGAAGGGCAACCUCCUUCCAAGCGAGCAGAAGGUGACGAGCAGGAGGAACCGCUGAGUGUCCAGAUCGCCAAUGUCGUGACACCCUUGUGGAAGGUUCCCUAUGAGGAGCAGCUGAGGAGGAAGGAGCAAGAUGUGGUAGCGGUUCUGCAGAGACUGGCCAAAGAGAUUGCCAGCACCAAUAAAGCCAUGCUGCCCCGGCUGUUUGAUAUAAAAGGGAAACACAACCGAAUGUGCUGUCCCAUGGAAGCUAUUCGUCCAUCCCCUACACAGACGGAUUACAGAAACAAGUGCGAGUUCCUCAUCUCUAUGGGCGCGGAUGGGGAGGAUAAGACUGUCGGAUUCCGCUUGGGGAAAUAUAAAGGAGGCUCUUGUGCUGUGGUGGGACCAGCGGAGGCAUGCCAUGUCUCUGCCGAGGCCAAAAAAGUUGUCCAACAAUUUCAAAAAUUCAUCAGGUCAACACCUUAUGCCGUAUACAGUCCUGAAACAUAUGAAGGCCACUGGAAGCAGCUGACUGUUAGGACCACCAGGACCAAGCAAGCUAUGGCUAUAAUAUUCUUCAACCCGCAGAAACUUGAAGAAUCAGAACUCGAUGCCUUAAAGAGCUCCAUGAAGAAGUACUUUUCAGAGGGAGAGGGCAAAGACAGCGGCAUCACAUCGCUAUACUUUGUCAGAGAUGGCCAAAGAAAAUCUCCUAACAUUGAAGACUUGCCCUGUGAAUUGGUAGCUGGAGAUGCGUGCAUCCAUGAGGAACUUCUUGGUUUAGAAUUCAGAAUAUCUCCUCAUUCAUUUUUUCAGAUAAAUACUGCAGGGGCAGAGGUUCUGUACUCUACAGUAGGUGAAUGGGCCCAACUGAAUGAGGACAGCACAGUUCUAGAUGUGUGUUGUGGGACAGGGACUAUUGGCAUUUCUCUGGCUAAGAGGGUCAAGAAAGUAAUUGGUAUUGAACUUUGCCAAGAGGCAGUGAAGGAUGCUGAAGCUAAUGCAAAACUUAAUGGGUUGAGCAAUGUCGAAUUUCACUGUGGAAAAGCUGAAGAUUUGUUCCCCAAUAUUCUCAAUGCACUUGUUUCGCCCAACAUCACGGCCAUUGUGGAUCCACCAAGGGCAGGCUUACAUUCCAAGGUGAUACUUGCCAUCAGGAGAACAGAGCAUCUAAAGAGGCUGAUUUACGUGGCGUGCAAUGCCAAGGCAGCCAUGAACAACUUCAUUGACCUGUGCAGAGCACCCUCCAACAGAGUUCACGGGGCGCCAUUCCAGCCUGUGCGAGCCAUGGCUGUGGAUUUGUUUCCCCAGACGGCACACUUUGAGAUGGUUCUGCUCUUUGAGAGAGUGAACUACAGCUCGUAG